AUGUCGACGAUUAUGGGGUCUUACACCACUGCAGUGAGACCAUCGCCAGUCCUGCAGACUUCCUCUCUCUUGCUAGCCCGUGGUUCCUGGAGGCCCGCGGUGGCAUUGCGGCCUUCUGCUACCGUGAAGUGCCGACGGCGGGCACUCACCGUGACGUGUGCACUCCCGGAGAAAGAACGGCCACCGGCAUUCAGCAUCCCGCCCACUGCUCUGCUGUGCCCCGUGCCCCUGCCAGACGGGAAGGAGCGGUGGGACAUCAAGGAGGAGGAUGACCGCGUCACGCUGUGGCUCCAGGUGCCAGGGCUGUCGGCGAGCGACAUCGAGGUAACCACCAGCGAGGACGUCCUCGAGAUCAAACGCAGGGUCACCGCACAACAGCCGGCGCUUCCUGGGGACGCGCACGGCGUGGGCGCGUUCCACAUCCGGCUGCUCUUGACCAAGGAGUACGACGGCAGCAACGUGACGGCCGACCUCAACGCCGGCAUGCUGGAGGUCACCGUCCCCAAGAACCCGCAACGACCCGGCGAACGCGUCGUGCUGGGGGCGCCCAGGCCCAGGCCCACGCCCACGCCACGCCCACGCCCCGUGGAAACGAGAACAGUACCAGGAAAGGUCCUCCUCAACCACAGCAAGAAAGGAAACCGGAACAAACCCUGGGGAGACAAAAUACAAAUGGAUCGUCGUUCUAGCUGGCCGAGGGCUUUGCAGUCACUCCCGCUCGGACCCUGCUUUUCUUCUGUGUUGAAAUAA